UUGGCCACCAUGCAAUGCUUGUGCUGCGCAGAAAACCAGAGACCUCACUGUUGCGAAAUUGGUGACUCGGGCUUGUGCGAGCUGGAUAUUUGCGGGAUUUCUUCGGGUAAAUUUGAAAACUGUUAAAAAGGGUUUUGUUGUUUUUGAAACGUGGGGGUUCAAGGUCUCAUGAGAAUUGUUAGGGGAAUGCAGAGAUCGAUUCCAGAGGAGCAGAGGGAAUUGGGCUGGAACAACUCAUUCAGCCAAGGAAUUGGUGUGACAGUGCCCAAGGCAAGAACGCGGGGCAAAUUGAAAACCAGGGGUUUAUACCUCUAAUUUUGGGUUUCUUAAGAAAAUAAAGGCUAGGGUUCUGAGGUUGCUGAAGAAGGAAAAUGACCCGCAUUUUGGUUCAGCGAGGUUCUGGGUCAUCGUCGAGCCAGAAUAGAUCAUCUUCUUUGGUGCCAAGUUCUUCUUCUCUAGCCCCACCCCAGUCUCAGGUUACAAGUACUUCUCAGGUUGCUUCAGCUGUGAAAGAUGGUGAAUUGGGAGAGGAAGUGCCAGAAAAAGUGGCCGUGGAAGAGCUCUCAGAAUAUUAUGGUGCCAGUGACAGUAAGGGAGUGAAAAGUGAUGAGCUUUUGCAGCAAAGCUCGAACAAUGAUUGUAAUGAUGGUGAUUCUGAGGAAAUUCUUGAUGAUGAAAAAGGUGGGAUUGGGGUUGUGAUUGAUGAUGAUAUGGGUUCGAGGGAGUUGGUGAGAGGGUUAAGCAGGAUGAGAACUGCAGAGGAGGGAAAUGAAGGAUCGGGUGGAAGCUCUUUGCAGAUGGCAAUAGGGGGUUCCUAUCUACCUCUGCCUCCAGUCCCACCUCCAAAACGUUCUUCUGUGAAUUCAAAUUUGAGGAGAUUUGGAUCAGGUGGUUCAAGUGCUGUGUGUAUAGGAUCGUCUAGAAGAGCAGCUGUGUGGCCUAUUGUUUCAACUAGAACAUCACAAAGUGGGUCUCGGCCUUCUUCCCCCAGGUCUCAUUGUGAAAAUGAGGGUUACAAUAGUGCUGAUGAGAAAAGCCCUUGCUUUGGAUCCUCCUAUCAUGAUGCUGAGAGGGAACGCCAGUUUGAGAUUGAUAUAAGACGGGUAAAGGGCUUAGAAGUCAAAAGAAUGCUGGAUGAUGGGAACUGCCUCUUUCGUGCUGUUGCGGAUCAGGUGUAUGGGGACUCUGAAGUGUAUGAUUUGGUUAGGCAAAUGUGCAUAGAUUAUAUGGGUAGGGAGAAUUGGAAAACAAAAGUUGCUAACUAA